ACCUUGGGAAUGGUCUCCUAAGUUCCUUCUGCGCAUGUGCCACCCUCUCCCCCAGCCCCGCCAUCUUCCUGGGAAUGGCAGCGGGCUCACCCCCCUGAAGCUGGGUUGCACGGUGGUUUGGGAUUCCGUGCAGCUGAAGGUGUACCUUCAGAAUCUACGUAUUUCCAAGAACAAAGAAAAUGAACACCUCUCAAGGUUUGGUGUCAUUUGAGGAUGUAGCUGUAGACUUCAGCUGGGAGGAGUGGCAGGACCUGGACGAUGCUCAGAGGACCCUGUAUCGGGACGUGAUGCUGGAGACCUACAGCAGCCUGCUGUCAUUGGGAUCCUGCAUCACCAAACCUGAGGUAAUCUUCAAGCUGGAGCAAGGAGCAGAGCCUUGGAUGGCAGAUGAGCCCUCCAACCAGAGCCUACCAGUUAUCCAGAAAAUGAAUGACACAAUCGGGAGCAGCCAGGAGAAUCGAGAUAUAAUUUUGUGGCAAGUUGUAAUCACAGACAACAACACAUCAACUGAGGACAGAGUUGAAUUAAAAAGAACAGUUAAUUUGAGCUCAAAUCACAUUUCGAAGCUUAUUAUAAAGAGUGAAGAUGAUUCAGAAAUAAUGCCUGAGAUGUAUAAUGCAUGUCAGAAUGUGCUCUGCCCUAGUGAGCCCGGUGAGCUGCGUGCUGGACAGACACCCGAUGUCUGUGACAGGACUGGAAAACCCCUCAGGUGGUGUGAGGAUCUUAGUCGGCCUCAUGAGCUUCAGCGUUGGCAACAGCCUUUAGAGUAUAGUGGGCAAGGGAAAGCCUUCAGCAGGGAGGAGGUAUUCUUUGCACAUCAAAGAGUGAAUAUGAGAGAAACCCUCUACAAAUGCAAUGAAUAUGGGAUAGGCUGUGAUGAGUCAGCUCUCAUUGGUGGGGAAGCAACUCACAUAGGAAAGGAAACUUUCUAUGAAACAGCUAAUUUCACUGAACAUCAGGAAGCACAUGCAGGAGAGAGACUGUAUGACUACAUUAAAUGUGAGGAACCUUUGGUUAGCAAAUCAGAUCUCAAAAUAAAUCCGGCAUAUACAGGGAAGAAGCCUUAUGAUUGGGACCAGUGUGAGAAACCUUUCAGUUAUAAAUCAAGCCUUAAUAGCCAUCACAGAAUUCAUACUGGGGAAAAGCCCUAUGGAUACACUGAUUGUGUGAAAGCUUUCUACCAGAAGCCAGUCCUCACUGUGCUUCCAAGAACUCACACAGGGGAAAAGCCCUAUGAAUGUGAUGAAUGUGGGAAAACCUUUUGUCAGAAGUCUAACCUCAGAAAACAUCAAAGAAUUCACACAGGUGAGAAACCGUAUGAAUGUAAUGAGUGUGGAAAAACCUUCUUCUGGAAGUCAGACCUUACUAUGCAUCAAAGAACUCACACAGGAGAAAAACCCUAUAAAUGUGAUGAAUGUGGAAAAACCUUUUGCCGGAAGUCAAGCCUCAGGAAACAUCAAAGAAUUCACACAGGUGAGAAACCAUAUGAAUGUAAGGAAUGUAGGAAAACUUUCUCUUACAAGUCAUAUCUCACUCAACAUCAAGGAACUCACACAGGGGAGAAAGGCUAUGAAUGUGAGAAGUGUUGGAAAUCCUUCUACCAUAAGUCUCAGCUCAUUAUGCAUCAGAGAAUUCACACAGGGGAAAAACCCUUUCAGUGUAAUGAAUGUGGAAAAACUUUCUGCAGGAAAUCAAGCCUCAGCAUUCAUCAGCACACUCAUACAGGGGAAAAGCCCUAUGAAUGUGAGCAAUGUGGGAAAACCUUUUACCUGAAGUCUGUCCUCACUGUGCAUCAGAGAAUUCAUAAGGGGGAAAAGCGCUACGCAUGUAGUGAAUGUGGGAAAGCCUUCUACUGGAAGUCACAUCUCAUUGUACAUUAUAGGACACACGCAGUUGAGAAUCCCUAUGAAUGGAAUGAAUAUAGGAAAGCCUACCAGAUGUCAGUUCUUGGUAUGCAUCGGAGUACUCCCACAGGGGAGAAACCUUAUGAAUGUACUGAGUGUGGGAAAACUUUCUGCAGGAAGGGGGACCUCACUAUGCAUCACAGAACUCACACAGGAGAAAAAGCUUACAAAUGUAAUGAGUGUGGGAAAACAUUCUACCGGAAGUCAGACCUCAUCAUACAUCUGAGAACUCACACUGGGGAGAAACCGUAUGAAUGCACUGCAUGUGGAAAGGGCUUCUACCGAAAGUCACACCUCAUCAGGCAUCAGAGAACUCAAAUAGGAGGAAAACUCUAUGCAUGUAAUAAAUGUGCAAAAACCUUUUGUCAGAAGUCAAACCUCAGGACACAUGAGAGAGCUCAUACAGGUCUCAAAACAUAUGACUGCCUCGAAUGUGGAAAGGCUUUUUGUCGCAAGUCACAUCUUAGCAAACAUCAAAAUAUUCACAGAAGACAAGCAUUGUGACCGUGGGAAAACACAAGUUAGGAAAGUUACACAG